AUGGAGUCUCAACCAUAUGAGCCCGUGCCAGUGGCGCCUCAAUCCUCUCUAUCCUUUACACAAGGGUUUCUUCUAGGGCAGUUAUCCGUGGUAUUGCUCAUCGGCGCAUUCAUAAAGUUCUUUAUCUUCGGCGAAGCCCCUCCACCCCCUUCGCGCGGUUUAUCCAAUCGCCCAUCCCACCGUCGAUACAGCUCAGUCUACAACCCCCCACAAGAUGGGGAAAAGUCACUUCGAGAAAAACCAUCAAAUUCAAACGUCCUCCGCCCCGUUCCUGCUUCUUCUACCAACACACGUUCCAUCCUACGGAAGACCUACUACAGCGCGAUCCCCACCAAUACCUCAAAACAUGGCCGGCACCGAAUGCAUCACUCCUCUCAUCAGCCAGAGUCGCUAGACUGGUUUAAUGUCUUAAUUGCACAGACUAUUGCACAGUACAGACAGACUGCAUAUAUACUCAAGGACUCACCUUCAUCCUCGAUUCUGAGCUCGCUGAAUGCCGCUAUGAACAACCCAGAGAAGAAGCCGUCAUUCAUUGAUAAGAUUACGGUCACGGAUAUCUCAUUGGGAGAGGAAUUCCCGAUUUUCAGCAAUUGUCGUAUAAUUGCAGUUGAUGACCCUAACUCGGAUGGUGGGCGACUACAAGCUCUUUUGGAUGUUGAUCUUAGCGACGACAAUCUCUCCAUUGCAGUGGAGACAUCCAUGGUACUCAACUAUCCCAAACCUCGCUCAGCCAUCUUGCCGGUUGCCCUGUCGGUUUCAGUAGUCCGAUUCUCAGGUACACUUUGUAUCUCGUUGAUUCCAGCGUCAACAGAUCCACUAGAUCCGCCCGCGACACCACAUUCACCAGCUGCAGCGGGAUCGGUCCACAACACAGCUCAGGGCUCUCCCAAGGGACCGUCUUCACAAGACUAUACACCACCAAAAAGCAGCCCAAAGAGCAACGUCGCCUUCUCCUUCCUGCCAGAUUACAGACUUGAUCUUUCCGUGCGUUCUCUCAUUGGCUCCCGAAGCCGUUUGCAGGAUGUGCCGAAGAUUGCUCAAUUAGUGGAGGCGCGAGUCCACGCAUGGUUCGAAGAACGUGUCGUCGAACCCCGUGUGCAAGUUGUCGGACUGCCAGAUCUUUGGCCACGCAUGGGUAGGACAGGGGUCCGGACCGGCGAAGAUUCCGAUGCUGGAUCUACUGCGCCUCCGCGAAGCGCUGGGUCCAAUGAAACUGGACCUGGGCCAUAUUCAUUUGAUAACCGAGAACCAGAGGGCCUGCGGUUCAGGGGGCCGUUAGACCCUCGCUUAGGUCUCGGCGCUGGCUCUCGUAGCAGCAGUUUCAAUGUGGACUUGGGCAGCUUACGGAGUCCAAGUAUGACUCGACAAGACAGUACUUCUGGUACCAAUGACCAGUUUACUAUGCCUGGGGGGAUGCCCGGAGCAGCAUCGACACCUACAUUUGAAGAGAACCGUGAUUAA